AUGGUCAACGAGAUACUAGUGAGUCUAGUUGAGCAACUCGAACAGGCAGUAAGCAAGCACAUAAGAAGAUGGCUAGGGCUGCCACCAUCGUUCAGCUCCAUAGGACUAUAUGGGAGGUGUACAAAGCUGCAGAUGCCACUGACAUCCCUAGUAGAGGAAUACAAGGUAGCAAAAGCAAGGCUGUUCCUAACACUACGGGACUCCGCAGACCAGAAGAUCAGUAAAGCUGGAAUAGAAAUCCGAACAGGGAGGAAGUGGUCGGCAAGCAAGGCAGUUGAACAAGCCGAGAGUAGUCUGCACCACCAGGUCAUUGUUGGAGCUACCAACAAAGGUCGGGAAGGCCUAGGGCAUGGGAAACAGCCCCGAUGGGAAAAGGCAGACAUCCAGGAAAGACGCUCCAUGGUACAACAGGAAAUCAGAAGGUCAGAAGAUACCCAUCGGUCUGCAAGAUAUGUGCAGAUGGGCCAACAAGGUUGUUGGAGUCGAUGGAAUCUGCCAGAGAGAAAGCUGACAUGGAGUGAACUCUGGCAGUAUGAACCCCUCCAGCUGUCCUUUUUACUGAGAUCAGUAUAUGAUCUCUUGCCAACACCAACAAACCUUGAAAGAUGGAAGCUUAGCGACGACCCAAGCUGUCCACUAUGCAGCCAGAGAGGGACACUAGCACAUGUACUCUCAUCCUGUCCUGUUGCUCUCUCUCAAGGUCGUUACAGAUGGAGGCAUGACCGAGUCCUGCGAGUGCUUUCCGACAUCCUGGAGCAAGAAAGAAGGAAGGAGCGGCAAAUCAACACCAAACGGCCAGGUUACAUCAACUUUGUCAGGGAAGGACAGAAGGCAAAGGGUAGCCAGAACACAAGCCUGCUACAAAAGACCAGACACUGGGAGAGGAAGGUUGAUCUCCAACAGAAACUUGUAUUCCCAGAUGUUGUUCAAACAAACCUACGCCCUGAUAUAGUCAUCUGGUCAACAGCUCCAAAGAAGAUGAUACUCCUGGAACUGACUGUCCCUUGGGAAGAAAGAACUGAUGAGGCAAAUGAAAGGAAGCGGUCAGAGUACCAAGAACUGGCAGACAUGUGCAGGGAGAGAGGGUACACCACCUGGAUCUUCCCUGUAGAAGUAGGAUGUAGGGGCUUCCCUGCACAAUCUGUGUGGAAAGCGCUAGGAGCUUUGGGCAUCAAAGGCAGCGCUAGGAAAAGCUCUGUACGGGCCCUUAGCAAGGCGGCAGAGAGAGCGUCCAGUUGGCUCUGGCUACGACGCAAUGAAACGACAUGGAAGCCAUCACAGACAAGCAGUGAUUGA